UAUACUUUAUAUCAUGUCUAAGUGUCUCCUAUCAAAUGAUCUAUAAUCACAAGAAUAUCAAUAUUGCAUCAUUUUGGUGGUAUUUUUGUAAAAACAAAAAUUGCAAGGAUAUUAUUUUUUACAGCACAAAGAUCAGUGGCACGCUAAAGACGAAACCUACAUGUUUUGAAGUACAAGUGGAGCCACCUGAGGUGUCCAAGUGUCACAAGAAAAGUUCUUGAUGUGAAUCAUAAGGCAUGUCAAUAAAUUUAGGACUUGGUUCAAGAAAGUGUGAGUGCAAUUAGAGACUCCAAUGGCAAGGAUGGGGAAGAGGUAUGGCAAGUGGAAGAGAAUGGUGAAACAACAGAGAGCAAGACUCUAUAUCAUGAGGGUCUGCAUCUCUAUGCUUCUGUGUUGGCAUAAGUACUCCUAAGAAAGAUGACGUUUUUUGUAGUUUUAAGUAGUCUCAAGGCUCUUCGAGCGAUUCUGCUUUGUAUUUCAUUUUCAUAGUUGUUUUCUUGUUCUAUUUUAGCAGGUUGCUGUUUUCCCAUGUUCGUAAAUUACUGGGCUUUUAGAUAGGUUAUUGGGAUCUUAAAUCAAACACUUGUAAUGAAAGAAUAUUGACUCUGCGCCUCUCUCUCUCUCUCUCUCUCUCCAUGGUUCUAUAUAAAUAUAGAUGCAACAGUCACAAGUUGUCCUUAGGAUACCCAAAUUAUCCUUCAAGUGAUUGCAUUUAUAAUGCUUCUGUUCAUGCGUGCAUGUUUAUAUGCUCUGCUCAUUUCUUUUUUCUUUUUUUAACUCUUUUUAUAUACCCCGAA